CGAGUCUGAAGUAGUACGGAAGACUUCGUGCGGCCUAGUCAGCUCACUCGUUCGUGUAUCUCCCGUCAAUUGUACCUUAAUUUCUUGCGUGCCAAUGGAUUUCAUAAAUUGUUCCGCAAAACCGCGCUCUUCGAAAGGUUGUUGCGGUCGCGAGGCAGCGGCAGACAGCAGUGAGCUCGGUAGCAGCAAUCAUAUUUAUGCGAACUUGGUCGAAUGCAAGAGCAAAGGUAUAAAUACCGACGAUUUCGUUCACGUCGAACCAAUGACGAUGGCAUCUAACUCGAACAGACGUAACGAAGAUUCCAGAAAGAGGCGUGCUCCUUGGUCGAAUUCGAAUGGCUUUGCGUACCAGCCUUCCCCCGUUUUUACUCGCAGCAAAAUGGGCAGCGAAGUCGAGGAAGACCCGAGGGAACCGACGCACCCUUCGUACAGAUUGCCGCACGAUGCAGACUUCCAGUGUCCCAGAUGUGGGCAGAGGAUGGAGGAGCCUAGACUCCUUCCCUGCCUGCAUCCUAUAUGCUUGUCCUGCGUUUACGAGUUGAUGAGCAAACCUCCGAGUGUUUCUUCAAGGAGCGACUUGCGAGACGACAAUCGAAUUUACGCGCAACCCGACAACAUUUACGAAACGUGCCCGUUGUGCGACUCGCAUUUGCCGAACGCCAAUUCCGCCGUACCGCCGCCGCACUAUCCCUUGCAACACCGCACAGUUAUGGACACCGUGCGACGUAGGCUGGUCAACAGAGUACUUUGCGACACCUGCACAGGCGAAGUUCCGGCGCUCAUACAGUGUUCAACGUGCUUGCGCAAUUUCUGCCCGGAAUGCGGCAGGCAGCACGAACAACAGAACAUCGCGGAAGCGAGAACGAUUAAACAUUUAAUGAGGCCACUGUGGGAGGCUACCAAAGUACGACGGACGAUCUUAUGCCAAACGCACCCGACGCACGCUUUAAGAUUUUAUUGCGUUGCGUGUCAGCAGGUAACGUGCAAAGAAUGCAUGUGGAGUGUGCAGCACAGAGGUCACGCCAGUGAAGACGCUGUCGGAGUGGGAAAAAGAGCUGCUGCAUACCUGGCAACGAUGUUGCAAAAAGCGAGAGUGUAUCUAAAUAAUCUAUUGAUUCAAUACAACCACGAUGUAUUUUCGACUAACGAUUUCGAAGAAGUAUACAAUUCACCCAAAGUUUGCAGGUAUGUCCGACUAUAUAUGUACAUUACCAAAGUGGAAAUUUAAAUUACAUUGUGCAAAUGUGAGUUUAAAAUUCGCUACACAAUGUUUCAGAAUUUAAGAAUGUUUCAAUUUUAAUUGUAUAAUAACAAUGCAGCAUUUUGAUGCGUACAGCACUAUGCAAGAGCAAACUCUUAUUAAUGUUAGUACAAUGCUGUGAUAUAAUUGUCAUGUGAUUUACAAGGGAAUAAGAUGAGCGAAAAAGAUAUAAUUGUCAUUUGAGGUAUAAAACAUACAUUCCAAAGCUUGACUGGUAUACAGACUGACUAGACUUAUUAAAAUGUGCGAUUUGAAUAUGUUUUUUGUUAAUGUAAUAUUAAGCAAGAGGCAAGCGUAUAUUGCGAUUAAUGUGCGAUUUGAAUCGUGUUAUGCUUAAGUUUAGUUAAAUAUAUUGCGAACAUUUGUAAUUAAUAAAUAAUAGAAAUACGAAUAGCACCUGA